CUCCACGGAAAGUUCGAUCAAUGCGGCACAAGUUCCCCAAAGAGAAAUGUCGAAAGUUUUAGUGCUGCUGCUCGGGGCAGUCCUGAUGGCUGCGUCGUCGGUCGCUCAAAGAAAUGCCUCAAAGCACGUUGUCUGCUAUCAGGGGACCUGGUCAGUGUACCGACCCGGCACUGGUAAGUUCGGUGUGGAGGAUAUCGAUCCGUUUCUGUGCACCCACUUGAUAUACGCCUUCCUGGGCAUCGAGGAGACCGGACAGCUGCGCGUCAUCGACUCCUAUCUCGACUUGGAGGACAACGGUGGCCGUGGAAACAUCAAGAGCUUCAACGCCUUGAAGCUCAAGAAUCCCACGCUGAAAACACUGGCGGCCGUUGGCGGGUGGAACGAGGGCUCCAAGAAGUUCUCCAUCGUGGCCGCAGAUGGCGCGAAGCGGUCGCGUUUUGUGGAUGAUGUGGUUCGGUUUCUGCAGCGUCACGGCUUCGACGGACUGGACCUGGACUGGGAGUAUCCGGGCCAGCGUCAUAGCCUGAAUAACGAGGAUCGUAGCAACUAUAUUACACUGCUGAAGGAACUCAAAGAGGGGCUUGAACCCUUUAGCUUUGUGCUCAGUGCUGCCGUCGGAUCCGCUCAGUUCUCGGCCGAACUUUCGUACCAAAUCCCAGCCAUUGUCCCCUAUCUGGACCUGAUCAAUGUGAUGGCAUACGACCUACACGGGCCCUGGGAUGAGGUGGUGGGCAUCAAUGCCCCCCUGUAUCCCUCUGCCAACGAUAAAAGCGAACGCCAGAAGCAGCUCAAUGUCGAUGCCAUCUUCAAGUACUGGCUGAAUGCAGGUGCCCCGCCGGAGAAACUGAUUCUCGGUGUUCCCUUUUAUGGGCGCACAUUUACCCUAGCUUCAGCCGAGAGCCAUGAGCCGGGCUCGGCGCACAUUGGACGCGGCAUUGCUGGCAAAUAUUCCCGCGAACCGGGCGUCCUUGGCUACAACGAGCUCUGCGAGCAGCUGCAGCAGGAGGAGUGGACCGAGAAGUGGGAGACGGAGCAGCAGGUUCCCUAUGCCUACCGACAGCGUCAGUGGGUGGGCUAUGAGAAUUCGCGCAGCCUCUCGCUCAAGGCCCAGUAUGCAGUGGACCACCAGCUGGGCGGCAUCAUGAUCUGGUCCCUGGAGUCUGACGAUUUUCGUGGCACCUGCGGCCAGGAACGUUACCCCCUGCUGCGCGCGAUCAAUCGUGUGCUCUUCGGCAGCGACACUCCCACAGGUCUCAACACCGAAGCGAGCAACGAAGUGGAGGAGAAAGCAGGAUUCAGUUGUCCGGCCGAUGGCCCGAUUGGCUUUGUGCGCGACCCCGAAAACUGCUCGAAGUUCUACUACUGCAAUGGAGGCAUCACCCACAGCUUCGACUGUCCCGCUGGCCUGAGCUUCGAUACCCAAACUGACGGCUGUAAUUACUCCGCUGCAGUAAAGUGUUAACCACGCCCACGCCUAA